UGAUAAUAAUUAGCAUUUCGUUUAUUUACUAAUUUAUACCCAUUACUACAUCACACAAUACUUAAUUAGCCUUUCGUUUAUUUAAUUUAUUCCCAUUACUACAUCACACAAAACUUAUUUUUAGUACAAUAAUUAUCAUGCACUUGCAUGGCCUUACAAUCGGGUACGUAAAUAAUGAUUUGAAGGCUCUUGCAUUGCAUUUUCAUUUAUGGACGCCUAUAUAUGGCUACCAAUCCCACCGCCAGCGCCGCCCCCAGCACCAGCUCCUAUUCCUGCGCCACCACCAACUCCUCCGCCUACUCGUCCUCCGGCUCCUACUCCACCGCCUCCACCAACUCCCCCUCCUAAACCACCCCCUGCUCCCCCACCAGCACCAACUCCUCCUCCACCUCCUCCGCCUCUACCACCACCAGCUCCACCACCCGCACCUCCAAUUCCACCAACACCUCCGCCAAUUCCUCCUCCAACGCCACCACCUACAGCGCCACCACCACCACCACCAACACCUCCUACCCCACCACCAGCACCAAUUCCUCCGCCUGCACCUCCACCAAUCCCACCACCACCACCACCUCCUCCAAUCCCUCCGCCUCCACGUCCACCACCACCAAUCCCUCCUCCUACUCCCCCACCUACGCCACCACCAGCACCAAUGCCACCACCCGCACCUCCACCAAUCACACCUCCUACACCUCCACCAACACCUCCUCCUACCCCACCACCAGCACCAAUCCCUCCACCCCCGCCUCCACUUCCACCAGCACCAAUGCCACCACCCGCACCUCCUCCUACCCCACCACCAGUACCAAUCCCUCCACCCCCGCCUCCACUUCCACCAACACCAAUCCCUCCUCCUGCACCACCACCGCCUACACCUCCUCCUGCUCCCCCACCUACGCCACCACCAGCACCAAUGCCACCACCCGCACCUCCACCAAUCACACCUCCUACACCUCCUCCUGCACCUCCACCAGCACCAAUCCCUCCUCCUGUGCCACCACCUACACCUCCUCCUGCUCCCCCACUGACACCACCACCAGCACCUCCUUUUGCACCACCACCAGCACCAAUCCCUCCUCCUGCGCCACCACCGACACCUCCUCCUGCUCCCCCACCUACGCCACCACCAGCACCAAUGCCACCACCCGCACCUCCAACACCUCCUCCUGCACCUCCACCAGCACCAAUCCCUCCUCCUGUGCCACCACCUACACCUCCUCCUGCUCCCCCACCGAUGCCACCACCAGCACCUCCUUUUGCACCACCACCAGCACCAAUCCCUCCUCCUGCGCCACCACCUACACCUCCUCCUGCUCCCCCACCUACGCCACCACCAGCACCAAUGCCACCACCCGCACCUCCACCAAUCACACCUCCUACACCUCCUCCUGCACCUCCACCAACACCAAUCCCUCCUCCUGAGCCACCACCUACACCUCCUCCUGCUCCCCCACCAACGCCACCACCAGCACCUCCUUUUGCACCACCACCAGCACCAAUCCCUCCUCCUGCGCCACCACCUACACCUCCUCCUACUCCCCCACCUACGCCACCACCCGCACCUCCACCAAUUCCACCUCCUCCUACACCUCCUGCACCACCACCAACACCAACACCAAUCCCUCCUCCUGCGCCACCACCAACACCAAUGCCACCACCCGCACCUCCACCAUUUCCACCUCCACCCCCACCAACGCCACCGCCACCGCCUGCACCUCCACCAACCCCUCCACCGCCACCACCUAUACCUCCUCCUACACCACCACCAACUCCACCACCACCGCCUCCUCCACCCCAAUGA